AUGGAGUCAUCUUGCAUCGCAGUGGUUGCAGUUAUUCUUCUGCUAGCAAACGCCAACAUUAAAGCUCUCCCAACGUUUGAUAUUGGAAACAUUCAAACUGUGAAGCAACUGUCGAAAUCCUGGGCACAAAAUCUCCACCAGUUUAACAUUUCUUUAAAGGAGGAGUUUGAAUUGCGACCGAUUUGGGAAGAUGUGUCGUUCUGGUGCUUCAACAGGAAAUCAAACAAAUUCCGGUUAACCCUCGGUGACUACGCAGACUUCCGUGAGCUGUUGCAGAGAAACCGUUCGACCGUACUGUUUGUCCACGGAUGGCUACAAAACAAGCAACAAUUUGCAGAUGGUGCGAAACGGCUAGCGUUAGCCGUGGCCAAUCGUAACUAUUGUGUGGUAGAUUUUGAACCACUCGCCACGGUGGAACUGCAGCUGUUCAUUAACGCAGUCUCGCUCCGAAUUGCCACCUAUCUGGCUGGGUUUGUCCAAAGCCUCGGUACUAUCGACAUUCCUCCGGAACAAGUCACACUCGUUGGGGAAGGUGUUAGCGCCCAUCUGGUGGGACAAGCAGGCCAACUACUUGGGGGACAUCUUGGUUCCAUUGUUGGGUUAGAUCCAUUGGGACCAUUCUACACGGUAGGACCGAUAGUACAGUGCCGUCGCUUCACCCUAGACCCAACCGAUGCUCAAUUCGUACAGGUGUGGUACAGUUCGAUCGGUCAGCUGGGUUCGUCCGCUCCGUUGGGACAUCAGAACAUCUACGUUAACGGUGGCAUUCAUCCGCAGCCCUGCUGUUCCUGCUUUACCAAAGUUUUUGGUACAUCCAACCUGUUAACACAGCUCUGCAGCCAUUACUUUGCGGUGGAAGUAUUUAAAGCAACGCUCGACCCAUCCAUUGACCUACUCGCUACGAAAUGUCCCAGCUACAAACACUUUCUUGCGGGUCGCUGCCAAAUACGACCGACGACACGCGUCACCGACCAGGAAGGAACCGAGGCAGGGAAUUUCUAUCUCGAAACGUCCUGUAAGCCACCGUACCUUUAA